UUCAAUGCGUAACUGUCAAAAAAUUACACUCGGUCGAAUUUGAACUUUCAAUGUAAAUAAAGCGGUUGAGCUUUCAUUUCAAUAAUAUUCUAUGCAGAUGGAUACUUAUUUCAUAGAUGCUCAACGCCGAAGGGGAGUGAAAGUACUCUUUCCGAGCCAUCUGCUUUCCGUGAGUCAGGACAGCCACGGCAUCCGGACUCAGCUGAAGUAUAAUGUCGUCGUGGAAAAGAUGGAUCUGCAGAACCUUAUUCAAAUUCGUCUCACGGAAGCCAAUGAUCAAUCGAAGAUGUUUAUAAGUACUAUCGACAACAACAGCUAUGAGAGGAUACGUGCUGAACAGUCGCUUCACGUCACCUUCCAAGGAUUUAUCGAUCAUCUGACGAAGAUCCUGGAGUGCUGCAAGAAAGAGGAACUUUACAUGAGUUUAGUGAACGACGAAACCAUCCGUCUGCUACAGUUCUACGAGAAAAGUUCUUUCAAAAAUCUCACCCAUUUGUUUUUACAAAUUCAGCCGGCGUCGACCGAAACAGUCCUAUUUCAUAUCAACCAAUCACUGCAAACGCUCCAUGAUCAAACGGCGGGUUACGCGAGUCAAUUGCAGAAAUGCCAACUUGAAAUCAAUGCCAGAGAUGAAACCAUUCAAAGGUUACAAAGCGAAGUACGAACUCUGAACUCCAAACUCGUAGAACAAGAAAAUAUGAUCUUCAACCGGAAUACCGAGGAGAUCAACCGUCUCCAGCAAACCAUCAAACACAUUAAUGAGUCCAAAGAACUGGAAGAGAAACGCUUGAAGGCGAUUAUUUCAGGAAUGCAAGAGAAGAUUGAUCAGCAAAACAAAGAACUUCUAGCCGGAACCGAUAAAAUAAUACAAGACUCGAAGCGUUACGAAGCACUGCGGGAGGAGAAUCAUAAGCUGAAGACCCAUAACAGUUAUCUACGAGAAGAAACGGACCGCCAAAAAGCGGAAUUGCAGUCAUGUCAGAACCGCGACGGAAGGCAAGAGAACGCCAUAUCGGAUCUUCGCCGACAGAUAAUAGAUUUGCAGAGCAAAUUGAAAAUCGCCGAGAAACAAAAGUCCGAACUCGAAGCAGAAUUAGAGGCAGAGAAGAAUAUUUGCCAAACGAAGAAAAAUGCCUUACAGUUAACGACGGACGAAAUAGCGAAUGCCAAUGUUGUGAUAAACAACUUGAACAAAGAGGUGAUGAAACUGAGAAGUAAAGUUGAAUUGCGUACUGAAAUCGCCAUGAGACAAGAAAAAGUUAUUCAGGAGAAGGAAAAAGAGUAUAACGAGCUUCAGGGAACGGUAAAGCAAAUACAUCAGGAACAUCUCAAAAAUCGAUCAGCAAAUGACGAUUAUGCACAAAUGCUGCGAAAAAUUAAGGAAACGUCCGACGUUAUCGAGGAAAAAUACAGAAAAAAAAUCAAUGAUCUCAUUGUGAAGUUAUCCCCUGCCCAGAAUAUGGAAACACCUAUCAUAAAUACGUGUCUGACGAAUCGUUAUCUGAGACCACAUAAUCGGAUCGAGUAAAUACUCGUUUAAUUGUACAAAUAGUUAAAUUGUGUUGAAAAUAUAGAUUUUUAUACAAAAUAA